AUGAAGACUUCCCCUCGAUCUUUCUAAAGGGAAAAUGAAGAAACUGUCUGGCAUACUCGGAAAUAACGUUAAGAGACUGAGAAAGAUAUCUUAUUGAUGAAGAAUAGACUUAAAUUAUUAAAGAGGGGGGAUGCUCAGUUAUCUAAGAGAAUUGAUGAAACUAAAAAGAAAACAAAAUCCAUGAUUGAACUGAAAAUGAAUCAUCAUACAUAAAUUGAAUAAGUAAUUAAUAUUAUGUAUUGGAAAAUAAAUAGAAAAAACUAAGUUAGAAGAAUGACGAAGAAAUGUUGAAAGAUAAAUAGAAAUUAAAUUAUAGUCUCAAAAAAUAACAAGAAGACUAAUUGGAGCUAAUUAAGAAAGCAAUGGAAUAAAUAAAAUUUGAAGAAUACAAAAGAAUUAAGUACUCUUACUAAAUAUCAUCUAAUCUAGAGAAAUAUCUAUCAAAAACUCUGAAGUCAUUAGUAAAUAAAAGUAAGACUUUAUGGUAAAGAACAGAGAGAGAAGAGAAUUGAUUAAGGGAAAUUUAUCAAAAUCCAAAUCUAAUAUAUCACUGUUUUGGAAUGAGAAACUAUCUCAUAUUCAGAAGGAAAAUUUAAAGUAAAUUGCAUAAAGAUCUGCUAUAGGGCUAAAUUGGAAAAUAAGAGAGCUAGCGAAUACAAUAGGGCUUAAUAGGAAAGGCUGGAAAUGGAAGAAUCAUAUAUGAUGCAAAAAUUGAUGAGAUCACAGGAAGUUUAGAAGAAAUUGACAUAAAGAUUGGAAAAAGCCAAAAAUCUACCCCUUGAUGAGUUCAAUCACAUGAUCAAAGAAGAAGAAGAACAAAAUAGACAUCUUAAAACCAAUAAGAGUGCUGAAGUACCCAGAUGGUUACCUACCCCUGAUAAGGAGAUGGUUGAAACUCAGAACUUGGAGACAGAACAAAAUUAGGAUGAUGAUUAAUAAAAAAAAGAUGAUGAUCAUUAAGAUUAGUAAGAUUGA